CCCCGCUCACACGGUGCUCAGGUGUAGCGAGGCGCGGGUGUGUGCGUGCGUGCGGGCGUCCUUUCACUUGUGUAUCCUAGUGUUACUCGUCUAAACCGUCGUCUCUCUCGUAACUCGUGGUUCUGACGCGAGACGAGGACUGAAGUGUUGUUUAUUGAAGCAUACCUACGUACAUAUUUAUAAAACGUGCCUGAAUCAAGAAAAAAAAAAAACAGAAUAAACUGACUUGAUUUACAUACAAGCAGUGUCUGGCAACUGUCCGUGGGAAAAACAGCAACAACAACAAAAAACAGUGUUACUAAUCCCCACAAAACCUCCCUUUACAGUGAAACAAAACAGAAGCAACAGAAAAAAAAGACAAAACGAGAAACAGUGACAAAGAAGCAGUGACAAAACCACACACACACGCGUCACUGCAGGAGAGUGACGCGACCACCACCACUGAGUGAGAAGUGUGCAGUGGUCGUGACGGUGACAGCACAGCGCGGCAGCAACACACACAUACACACACACUCACACACAAACACACAGACUCACGCUCAAGUGCCCAGUGCGGAGCGUGAGGCAGUGGUGUGGAGACGCUGCCCGGGAGAGAGGAAGAGAGUAAGAGAGAGAGUCUGGGGAUGGUGGGAAACCUUGCCUGACUCCCCUCUCCGGCCCCUUCUCUUGCCGGGGUGAGGGAGCGCCACUGCAAGAAAAUAGGUAUUGCAAGAGGUGGCGGUGGUGGGGGAGGAGGAGGAGGAGGAGGAGGGGGAGGAGGAGGAGGAGGGAAGGGAAGGAGAGGAAACAAGCGAGUGAGGAACUUGAGUGGGAGUGAUCGCUUGUGUACCUAUGCCAGAGGGUGGUGUCUUACUUGGCCCAUCAUGGAUUUUUGGCAACACUUCUUCGGUCUGUCCCACGAGAACAACAACGUGCCUGUCCACCACGCCGCCCCUGCAGGGGUGGGCCGGAUGGCGGCGACGGAGGGCCAGAUUCGCUUCAGCGGCCACACGCUGGACAAGGCCACCAAGGCGAAGGUGACGCUGGAAAACUAUUACUCCAACCUCAUCGCACAACACCUGGAGAGGAAACAAAGGCAAGACAAGUUGGAGGAGAGCAUGAAGGAAGAGGGGUUGUCGGAGGACCAAAAACAGGAGAAACGACAGCAGCAUGCCCAGAAGGAAACAGAAUUCCUGCGCCUCAAGAGAUCUCGCCUUGGUGUAGAGGACUUUGAAGCUCUGAAGGUCAUUGGCCGGGGAGCAUUUGGAGAGGUACGAUUAGUGCAAAAAAAGGAUACUGGCCACAUCUACGCCAUGAAGAUCCUACGAAAGGCAGACAUGUUGGAGAAGGAGCAGGUGGCACACGUAAGAGCUGAGCGAGAUGUGCUGGUGGAGGCCGAUCACCAGUGGGUCGUCAAGAUGUACUACUCUUUUCAGGACCCAAUCAACCUCUACCUGGUGAUGGAGUUCUUGGCUGGAGGUGACAUGAUGACUUUAUUAAUGAAGAAGGAUACAUUGUCAGAAGAAUGCACUCAGUUCUAUAUUGCGGAGACGGCUCUUGCCAUUGACUCCAUUCACAAACUUGGCUUCAUUCACAGAGAUAUCAAGCCCGACAACCUUCUUUUAGAUGCCAGAGGACACAUAAAGCUGUCUGACUUUGGCUUGUGUACAGGAAUGAAGAAGUCUCAUCGCACAGAGUUUUACAAAGACCUCAGUCAAGCUAAACCGUCCGAUUUUACGACCUACUCCAAUGUUCCAGCAUCCAACCCUAUGGAUUCUAAGCGUCGGGCAGAAAGUUGGAAGAAAAACCGGCGGGCUCUUGCUUACUCCACUGUGGGGACGCCAGACUACAUCGCCCCAGAGGUGUUCAUGCAGACUGGCUAUGGACAAAGCUGUGACUGGUGGAGUCUGGGUGUCAUCAUGUAUGAAAUGUUGAUAGGCUAUCCCCCAUUCUGUAGUGAAAACGCUCAGGAAACUUACCGCAAGGUAAUGAACUGGCGGGAAACCUUAGUGUUUCCUCCUGAAGUUCCCAUCUCAGAGCAGGCCAAGGACACCAUCUUGAGGCUGUGCUGUGAGGCAGACCGCAGGGCCGGCUCCCAUCAAGGCAUAGAAGACCUCAAGUGUAUGAAGUUCUUCCAGCAGGUUGAUUGGGAGCACACAAGAGAACGACCUUCGGCAAUCAACGUUGAAGUGAAGUCCAUCGAUGACACGAGCAACUUCGAUGAGUUUCCGGAAGUUGACAUAAAACUACCAGCGUCUUCCGUUGCAGCUGUUUCCCCACCCGUGAGGGAGGGCGAGGCGGGCUACAAGGACUGGGUGUUCAUCAACUACACAUACAAGCGGUUUGAAGGCCUCACCCAGAGAGGUGUCAUACGUCCAUAGACAAGCCCAGCAAGCCCUGGCAGGGGGCAGAACAAAGAAUGACUACCAGGAUGAAGAACUGGAGGCAAUGGUGGGUCAUGUGCAAGGUUUGUGAGAAAACUAACCUGAGCUUGUGAUAAACACGAAUUGACGAGCGAUCAAGUCUCCAGGAGAGAAGAAGGCACGUUGCAGGGAGCUCAGGCACCAUGCGGGGCGCCCUGCGAGGGGAUGGCCUGGAGGAGUGCAGUCAUCCAGGUACCAGAGAGAAGAACAAGUAGUCCCUCAGGUGUUAAGACUGUUAUAUUAUUUUUGUUAAUAUAUUGAGCAAUUUUGGCAUUAGUACAUAGGUAUUCCUAUUGUCUUGAUCACGGCAACACCACACACACUGGGUGGGCCAGCAGCGGUGGCCCGUAGGAGUUCCCGCCCCUCACGCACCUGUUGAGGCAAGUGCCGGGAGGCUCGUCACCCUCCGCGGAGGGAAAGGUUUCUUACCUCAUCAUUGUGAAAUCAUUUUUCUUCUGUACCACAAAGGGAUAAGCCCAGCAAAAGGCUUAAUUUUUUUUUUUAUUUAUUUAUUUUUUUCUCCAAAUGUGAUUAGAAACAAUGUUUCAGUAAUAUCCUUGUUUGCAUAAUUUGCAUUAUAGUUUUAUUGUGAUUUUAGCUAAGCCUUACAGCUGAUGACAGACUGUGAUAGAAUCCCUGCAAAAAGUGAAUGAAUAUCAUGAGUCAGGAUUUUUUUCCUGUCUUGAAUUAUGUUUUCCUUUGAUGUUUUAAGGUACUUUACUUGCAGUUUUUGCCCUUUUUUGUGUGCCUUUCUGCAAAAGAGAUCAUAAUUUUAGUUGCUGUAGGAUAGGGUGCCCAGUAAUAUGCAGAAAUAUGGAAGUAAUGGAACAUUAAAAGAAUCAUGUCAUAUAAAGAUAGUUUUGUACAUUGUAAAACAUGUAUAUGGUAGUGUUUGUUAACCCCUCUCAUUUGUAUCUUUACAUUUCAUCUCAUCUCUAGUAUUUAUUUGCUUCAUGUUGCAUCACAUCAAGAUUAGAAUGAGAGCAGAGGUACAUGUGUGAUACAUGUGGAAUAAUAAUUGUUUUAUCAUUUUCAUAAUCCUUGGUAAAUUAAGUUUAUUAUAAUAUCCCUCAGAAGUGAAGGUUGUGAAUGUACUUUUUUGUUGUUGUUCCAGUUGAAAAUGCACUGAAAUUUCAGUGUGAAUAAUUUUCAACCCCCAAAAAAGCAUAUUAGUGAAGAUUCCCUAAGCAGUAGCCUGUUGUAUGGUGUGGUGUGCAUGUGUACAUGUGUAUGCAUACAUCCAUGCAGAUUGAUCAAUAUUAUGCUUCAGGCACCAAGAGCAUUGCACCCAUGGCCAGAAAGCUUGUUUCCUCUUAAUACAUCCAUAAUUCCAUGAAAUUUCCAAGUCUACUAAUUUGCCUGUUUCUUUUAUAAAAUUGAGAAUGCCUGAUACAUUCCAGCAGCAACAUUUUGAAUCACGGGCUUGCCUGACGCCCAUCAGAUAGAUGUGUAAGUAAAUAAUGUACAAAUGUGUGCACUGUAUUUUCACAUUGCUUGUGUUCCAGUAGGAUGUUGGGUAAGUUCUGCUGCUUUCACAAUUAGGCAUUCUUGUUCAUGAUGUAACAACAACUCUGAAUGUAUAAGGAAAAGAAACUGUUUGUCUGCAUUUUAUUUGGUGAGGACAGCUGAAAGUGAAGAGAGUGUUACGUGGAUGUGUCGCAUCAAGGUGCGAGUCAUUCUGCAUGUGGGAAGCACAUCACAGGUAUCACCUCUGACGCGAUGGAUGUUUUUGUUUGAACUCAAAAUUACUACUGUUCCUGCUGCUGGUUGAUUUUACCAUUAUUUUAUGUAUUUUAGUAAACAAAAGUGAAAGUAGACUAUGAGCAUUUUAAAUUAUUUUUAGAUGUACAAAAGCUGAUGAGAAAAAACUUAAUUAGUUUUCCCUAAAAUUCAUCUCCAGGUAUAGACUUGGUGUAGUGUUUUGAGCUUGCAUGUGUAGCAUUGUGGCUGUCAGGACCCAAGUGUGAGCAGCACCACAGCUCCCCAGAUACUGCUUCCUUGAAGGCAGCAGAUCUCCUUUGACUUGAAGUAACAUGAGCACAUUUUAGUAAUUUUACUCAUUUUUGAUGUACAUAUCUUUCCAACAUCUCUAGAUUGUGUUGAAUCUAUUUAUGCAUUAGCAGUGGAAUCUAUCUAGGCAGUGUACUGAAUCAGCAUUAUUGAGAAUAUUCUUCAUUUAUCAGUGGAUGUAACUGUUAAAAAAUAUCUGUGGUUUAUUCAAUUCUUCUAAGACUAAAACUUGCAGCAUUCACACCUUGUACUGAGCAGUGAAGGUGUCUCCUAUGUAGACAUGAAUUGAUUACAUUAUUAUCACAGUUUAAGACCCAUUUCAUGUAAUUAGAUAAAUCAUGUAGCAUUGAUUGUGUUAUAUUAAUAACUUUAGGUAAUACUAAUUGCUAGAAACAAAAAAAAAUGUAAUUUUGAGUUGAAAAUGUGAUUAUGCUGUGUGGUAAGUUUACAUGGAGAUGUGUGGUAUGUAAUUAGAUAGUAAGUAAUUGUUGCACAUGUGUGUGUGUGUGUGUGUGUGUGUGUGUGUGUGUGUGUGUGUGUGUGUGUGUGUGUGUGUGUGUGUGUGUGUGUGUGUGCCCACACAUGACUGAAUGUGCAAGCAGUAUAUAAAGUAUAAAAGAAAAAGAGAUUUUUCAGACAUUGUGUAUGAAAAGGCUCAGACUUAGGGAUGUGGAAAGAGUAGAAUAAUUUGGAAUACACAACUAAAGGAUGUUUUUUAUCCUAAUUCUGUUUGACUUUGAAGCCUCCAUCCCAGUUUGCUGUGUUGUGUGCAGCACAGGCCCAAGAUGUAGUGUUUCCUCAGCAUCUAGUUAGAACUUUAAAGUUUUACUAUCAGUUCUUAGUGGCCCUAAAUGGUAUAUACAUUCCUCAUGGUGUAAGUAAUGACAUGUAUCUGGCAUUGUACAGUAUUUUUUUUUUUUCCUAAGUAAAUCUCCUCAGAGUGAAACAAGUACCGUCCGUGGGACAUGAUGUGGCAUGAAAGAGUUAAAAUUUAGCCUAGGUCAACCCAGUAUCAGUGUGCUGAAAAUACUUUAUUUCCUCAGCAGUAGCUGGCUAUCAGGUAUCACAGUGCUAUAAAUUGUGUAUCAGAGUUUAGUUUCCAAAGUUUUAUGAUCAAAGUACUUGGCCUUAGAACUAUUUUCCUAGAAGGAAAUAUGAAGAAUAGCCAAAGUGUGCAACAUUUAUUUGGCAAUACCAGUAUUUUUGUGACAUGCAUAGUACUUGUAGGACAGAAUGCUUGCCUAAGGACCCCUUUUGUUUGCAAUUCACAAUCCUCAUUGCAGACUGUACAAAACUAUCCAUCACCUCCCAGGGGAAGCAUCCAGGGGUUGUAGCAGUUGACGCCAUAAUUACCUUAAUCCAACAUCAACUUGCCCAUAAUCACCAUCAGAGCCUUAUUUUCAUUAGUGCUUAACUAUCAAAGUGAGGCUAAACUGGGGGUUUUAGGAGAUCUCGUGUACAUACAUAGACAGUCGUAGCUCCUGUAACUAGUCACCAAUAAAGAUUAAAAUAGUA